CCUGGAACAUUCUAUUCUGGAAUUUUCUAGGGUUUGCGGAAGGAGAGGAACGAGGGCAAGCUCGCAAUGGCGGCCGCGGCAGCCACGGCUGGGCGAUUCCCGGCGCAGCAGAGGAGCAGCAGCGCCAUCUCCGCGCAGCAAGGAUUCGCCGGCUCGAUUGGAGCGGCGUCGUGCUCGUUUCCUUCUUACAAGAAGGAUGCCUGUGGAUUGAGCUUCUCCUGCAAUGGAAUCCUUUCCACGAUGCCUUUCAGUGUGCGCAAGCCACUGCAAUCACGGCAGUGUCGUCGCAAGCGGCUCAUAGCUCGAGCAGAAAAUGAGUACUACGACAUUCUUGGCGUGCCAAAGACUGCUAGCAAGGCGGAGAUCAAAACCGCUUACAGGAAGCUCGCACGGCAGUUCCAUCCGGAUGUAAACAAAGAACCAGAUGCAGACAAAAAGUUUAAAGAGAUCAGUAAUGCGUACGAGGUUCUGUCUGAUGACGAUAAACGAUCCAUCUACGAUAAAUAUGGUGAAGCUGGUUUGAAAGGAGCUGGAGCUGGAGCAGGCUUUUCGAAUCCAUUUGAUCUCUUUGAGGCGUUUUUUGGUGGUAUGGGUGGUGGCAUGGGGGGUAUGGGAGGUCGGCAAGCUCGGAACCGGCCAAUGCAGGGUGACGACGAGAGAUACGAUUUGCAAUUGGAGUUCAAAGAGGCGGUCUUUGGCACCGACAAGGAAAUCGAAACAGUUCGCCUCGAGUCAUGUGCUACGUGUAAUGGCAGCGGGGCCAAGCCGGGGACAACACCUGUGAACUGUAGCCAGUGUGGUGGCCAAGGACAGGUGGUCUCCACGGCUCAAACACCCCUGGGGAUGUUUAGACAAGUCUCGACCUGUCCUUCCUGCGGGGGAACUGGCCAAACGUCCACACCUUGCAGUACCUGCUCUGGCGACGGCAGAGUCAGGAAAUCGAAGCGGAUAAAUCUCAAAGUUCCAGCAGGAGUGGACUCGGGCAGCAGGCUCCGUGUGCGGUCGGAAGGAAACGCAGGCAAGAACAACGGUCCUCCAGGCGAUCUGUACGUGUUUAUCAAAGUCCGAUCGGACGCGGAGCUGAAGCGUGAAGGGAACAAUAUUGUUAUCUCGGCAAAGGUGUCGUACAUCGACGCCAUCCUCGGCACGACCAUCAAAGUUCCCACCGUGGACGGCCCCGUUGAUCUGAGAAUACCUCCGGGGACUCAACCGGGCACCACCCUCGUCAUGUCCAAGAAGGGCGUCCCGAUCCUCGGCAAGCCAACCUUGAGGGGCGAUCAGCUAGUUCGCGUCCAAGUGGAGAUCCCGAAACGUCUCAGCAGCGACGAGAGGAGACUGAUCGAAGAGCUUGCAGCGGUAACAAAAGGAAAUUUUGCGGGAACCAGCUGACACACGCGUGAUCAUGAUCUGCAGGGUAUGAACUAGCACAACAGUUUUUAUCUAAGAUUCUUCGUUAAAAGCAAAAGGAUAGAGAGGAGGAGGGGACCACCCUUGAGAAAGUAGAAAAAGCUCGACAGGUAUUCAUUUCUGAUUUGGAGUUGUCAAGAGAGGUGCUUGCUUUUCAAUUAUCUUCUUAACGUUUUCUUUCCAAA